AUGCUGCGGCUCCAUGGAGAAACGUAUAACGACAGAAUGGACCAUGCACCAAAACAUUCACUACUAGAAGUAAGUCAAGAAGAAAUGGAAAGAGUUCGGCAAUUCUACAAUGUAGAUAAGAAAAAUAUACUACAAGAUAUUGAAACGAUUGAGGAAUGGGGGACGAAGCAAGGGCAUUUAGCGGAAGCCAUGAAAUACCUACAUCGCGAAAUGUUGGAGCGCUUUUAUCUCUUAGCAAAAGGCUCAGUAGAAAAUACAAAAAAUAUAAUCGAAAAGCUAUUUACUAUGAGAGGCAUGAUAUCCGAGUUGGUUUUAAAUCAAUCUUUCGAUGAAUUCAAGAAUCUUUUAGAAAAUAUAGAUGUUGUAGUAGUGCCCAAGUUAACACCCGAUCUAUCUAGAGUUAAUGUGAUACGAUUUGAAACUGGUAAAUGGGAUGACUACAGUUUUCAAACUUUCGUAAGAUAUACUUUCUUGUUUAUCGACUACAGAAUGCAUUACGAUUAUAACGUGUCGGAAACAUUCAUUGUAGAUCUCAAGAAUUUACGCUUUAAUGAUUUGACCAAGGUUAGUCCAAUGCUAAUAAAGAAAGGAGAAACUUUAACUUUGGAUUGCUAUCAAAAGAAUAUAAACGGAUUCCACUUAUUGAAUGCUCCAUCAUUCAUAGACACACUUCUUUCAAUAAUUAAACAAGCUCUUAAAGAAAGUUUGGUUGAGAAGGUCCAUGUCCACAAGUGUUAUGAAGACUUACAUAAGGUUCUGCCAAAAGACUGUCUGCCUGAGGACUACGGCGGACUCGGAUUGAGCAUUUCAAAAUUGUCUGAACAGUGGAAAGAAUGUUUCAGUUCAGAAGAAGCUAGAGAGAUAGCACAGAAUACCAAUAAACUCUUCAGCGAUGAAUCUAAACGGAACUCUUAUAAGUUUAACGAAGAAUAUUUAGGAAUGCCUGGAUCGUUCAAAAAACUAACGGUCGAU